CUGCAUAUGACCAGGGCUUGGUCUGUUUGCAGAAAGACAGAGAGAGAGAGGAGGGAGCUGAUAAGAAACUGUAGGAUAAAACUGAGGUUUCAUAUAGUCAUACAGACAGAGAGAAGAACAGUUUUACUCAGUCCAACGCCAUACAAAGAAUGAUGAAGUUCCUCUUAUUGGCUGUUGUUCUCGUGCUGGUCGUGACUGGCGGCACGGCUCUGGAAUGCCUGCACUGUGUCCCAGAGAAAGCAGGAGGGGCUUGCGAGACCACCUUCGUAACCUGUCCACCGGACAAAGACGCGUGUGCCGCUGCCAAGUUCCGCAGAAGCCCAUACGGACAUUACCAGAAGUGCAUGUCCAUGUCAGGCUGUGAGAUGGUGAAACAGAAUGCUUUCAUCAACAUCAAGUGCUGCCAGAAGGACUUCUGCAACACCUUUGAUUGAUCGGUCACUGCUAUAUAUCUGCAUGCUCAUAAAACAGCUUUCAGUGUAACAGAGUACACAUGAAUCUAGUUA